AUGCGGAAGCUAUGGAUAUUGGUCGCAACUGGGCAACUCCUGGGUUCAACUGCAUCCACAACUACUCAAGCUGCUCAUGAUGAUACUACUGCAGCUGCUCAUCAUGAGACUACUCUAGCUGCUCAUGAUGCAGAGUCGCUGGGAGAGCAUGUGCAUCCACAUGCAGUGCUGUUGUUUCCCGUGCUGUCAAUGCUUAUAGGUUUGACGAUUACCCACGUCACUUCGCGGUUCCGAUGGCUGCGCACCAUCCCCUACACGGUCUCCUUGCUGCUCGUGGGUGUUUGCCUCGGAUUUCUGGACGUCAAGACCUCGGGCGGUCUCGGAACGCUGUCGCAGAGCCUGAGCCUCUGGGUGACCAUCGACCCCCAUCUACUUCUCUAUGCGUUUCUGCCCGUGCUGCUUUUUGGGGAUGCGAUGUCAAUCGUUUGGCAUGAUUUUCGGCAAACAGCAGCUCAAUGCUUGGUCUUAGCAGGACCUGGCGUCCUCAUUGGAACCUCCCUCAUCUAUUUGGUUGCAAAGUAUGUGUUUCCGUAUGGAUGGGACCACUUCGAAUGCGCAGCCUUUGGCAGUAUUUUGGCUGCGACGGACCCUGUGGCCGUGGUGGGGCUCUUGAAGGAGAUGGGAGCAAGCAGGGUGCUGACCAUGCAGAUUGCAGGCGAGUCCCUUCUCAAUGACGGGACGGCGAUCGUCGUGUGGUUGGUGUUCUACAACUUGAUGAAAGGAGAAGAAGCAAAUGCAGAGAUCGUAGUAAGCUUCAUUCGCCUGGCCCUGGGCGGCGUCGUUUUUGGAGCCGCCUGUGGGCUCAUUGGGGCAAGUGUCUAG